GAGGGGUGGGACCGGGGGCGGAGCUGCUCGAGGGGGCAGCUCCGCGCCGGGGCCGUUGGCUCCAGACAAAUAAACAUGGAGUCCAUCUUCCACGAGAAACAAGAAGGCUCACUUUGUGCUCAGCAUUGCCUGAAUAAUCUAUUGCAAGGGGAGUAUUUUAGCCCUGUGGAGUUAUCCUCUAUUGCACACCAGCUUGAUGAAGAAGAAAGGAUGAGAAUGGCAGAAGGAGGAGUUACCAGUGAAGACUACCGCACAUUUUUGCAGCAGCCUUCUGGAAAUAUGGACGACAGUGGCUUUUUCUCUAUCCAGGUUAUAAGCAAUGCCUUGAAAGUUUGGGGUUUAGAACUAAUCCUAUUCAACAGUCCAGAGUACCAGAGGCUCAGAAUUGAUCCUAUAAAUGAAAGAUCCUUUAUAUGUAAUUAUAAAGAACACUGGUUUACAGUUAGAAAAUUAGGAAAACAGUGGUUUAACUUGAAUUCUCUCCUGACGGGUCCAGAAUUAAUAUCAGAUACGUACCUCGCACUAUUCUUGGCUCAAUUACAGCAAGAAGGUUAUUCUAUAUUUGUUGUUAAGGGUGAUCUGCCAGACUGCGAAGCUGACCAACUUUUGCAGAUGAUCAAGGUCCAACAGAUGCAUCGACCAAAACUUAUUGGAGAAGAAUUGGCGCAACUGAAAGAACAGAGUGUUCUCAAAGCAGAUCUGGAGCGAGUCCUAGAGGCGGCCGAUGGGGCGGGGGUGUUGGAUGAAGAUGAGGAUGAUUUGCAGAGAGCUCUAGCGAUAAGUCGCCAGGAAAUCGACAUGGAGGAUGAAGAAGCUGAUCUCCGCAGGGCCAUUCAGCUCAGUAUGCAAGGUAGUUCCAGAAAUAUGUCUCAAGAUAGUCCACAGACAUCAAGUACCAGUCUUACUUCAGAAGAGCUGCGGAAGAGGAGAGAAGCCUACUUUGAAAAGCAACAACAGCAUCAACAUCAACAGGAGAUAGACCGACCUAGGCAGCUUUCUUAUCCUUGUGAAAGACCGACCACAAGUUCAGGAGGACUUGGGAACAGCCAAGCAGGUGAUGCUGCGAGUGAAGAAGACAUGCUUCGGGCAGCUGUGACCAUGUCUUUAGAAACUGCUAAAGAUAAUUUGAAAGCGGAAAGAAAAAAAUAAUACCUUUAAAAUCAUUUUGCUACUCUUGCUUCCUAACAUUGUCUGUGUGAUUACAGUGUAAGGUCCAUUUUGGCAGUGGGUCCCUGGAAGAGAUGCGACCCUUAAGUGGUUUACAAGCAAAUGAUAGAAAGCCAGAACAUGUCAUAGGACUGAGUACUGAUCAGAUACUAGCCAAAGAGGCAGUCAGCAGCUAAAGAAAUUUAAGAUAGUUUUCUAAAUGUCCCUUUUUGUUUUUCAAGUGUGCAAUAUCUAACUGAAGUUAGGGAGUUUUUCUUGGCUCUUUGUGGACCAACUAAUUAGCUCUUGCAUUGGACUUGAUCUUGAAUUUUGUUUUUAUUUUCUCUCUUCAUUGGAAGUGGCUUGGCUCACUUGAACUUCUGUUUCAUAUUAGACCAACUUUCUUUGGAAAUGUCUCUUGUCUGUCUUGUUACAGAAAGCUAACCCUGUCUUCUCCCCGUGUGUGUGUGUGUGUGUGUGUGUGUGUGUGUAGGGCAUGUGUAUGCUUCCUUGGGGUAUUGUGGUUUUGGUUGUUCCCCUACAACUCAACAUGACAGUCUGUUCUGAGCUUUGUCUUUUUAAGGCCUCUCGCUUCAGUGUGUUUUUAUACUCUGAAGUCAGCACUGCUCUAGUAUUGAGUCUAGAUGAGCUGGGUUUUGUGUGAGCAUGUGCUUUCUGGAUGCUUUGUGAAGGUUUUCAGUUUUGUCCUGGCUGACAUCUGGAGUCCUUCCUGCACCAUAUUUCCUUUCUUUUUUGGUUGAGAAAGGAGAAGCAUAGGAUGCAAGCACAUUUCCUUCUUACUUAGCAGUGGCACCAUAAAUGGACUACCAGAGAAGCUUGGCCUUCAGUGUUGGUGGCGGGUUUGUUUUAGUUUUUUCUUUUGUGACAGGAGUUUUGUGUUCUAUUUACAAUAAGUCCUGGAAUAUAGAUGCCUGCCUCAUUUUUUUAAAGUAUAAUAUAGCCUGCCAGAAUGGUAGUCUAGAGUGUGAAAGUAAUCUACUAAUGAAAAUAUAUAAAUGUACUGUGGGUUGACCCUUCCAAUCAUGUUAAAUUGUCAAGAAUUACAGAAGUCACAGUGGUCCUGUCUAUAGAUUUUACAAGGCCUUAGUUUUGAUAAACUUUCUUUAAUUGAGAUGCACAGUCUUUCUUGGUCAGUACAUUGGUAUGAUUUGGGUAAAAAUUAAAUGUGUCUCAUCAGUGUCAUGGAUCCUGAUAUCUUCUCUCCCUUCCCCCCUCCCUCCCUUCCUUCUUUCCUCCCUCCCUCCGUCUCUGUCCUCUUUGGAGCGUUGACUUGUACAUAAGUAAAAUCCAAGAAGAAAUUUUAGCCAACAGCUUAGGAAGGUGAAGAAAGGUGUAUUGCUCUACUGGUGUGUGUUCUGCACACAUUUUAUCAGGGAAAGUUUUUUGAUAUAGGAUUUAUUGUUGUCUAACUGCAAAAAAAUACAAAUAUUUUUAUUUGUGAUAAUGAAAUAGUUUCCUCUUGGAUAGGACAGAUUGUUUCGUUUGACUGUGCUGGGGAUUGAACCCAGGGCCUCAUGUGUGUUGGGCAGGCACUCUACCUCUGAGCUAUAGCCCCAGUUCCAAAACGAGUGGUUUUUUUCCUUAGUCAUUUUGUGCCAAGUAAAGUUCCUUUGGAGUUCGUUUUAUGAAAAAUUAGUCAGUCUUAUUUUAAAAUCUAUGAAGUUCUCUUUUAGUAGUUACAAAGGUUCAGAAGAAUUGUGCAACUUUAGGGUGUUGGAAUGAAAACCUUUCUUACGGUUCACAGUUAAGUGUUAAACUGAAGUAUGUACCUACCCCAGUGUGCCAGUCACAUUGUCUGAACAUUGGCCUUUCCUUUUUUCUCUGAAAAAUCACAGUGAACUUUCCAUACAGUUAGGUUGAUGAGCAACCUGGUUAAAAAAAAAAAUGAGAAAGCCAAUAUGCAUUUCAGUUUUAACUUAGAGUUUAUAAAACAUUCACAUAACAUCUUAGUUAAAUCACUUAUGAAAUACAUCAUGUUGAUAUCUUAUUGGAGACAUUUUAAAGAGAAACUGAGCAUACACUCAAUUUCUUUUGAGUGUUUUUUUUUUAGUUUGUUAUGAAUUGUUGUAUUUGGCAAAACAAAUUCAAAUCACCCUUGAACUGCCAUUUCUUUUGGAUUGACCUAGGCUUACCUGAAUCUUUAGAUUUAAUUAUUAAUGAGUAGCAAGUAUGAAAAAUGCCAAUGCUUAUUAUAAACACAGUAUACAAAAGUUCAUGAAGCUCUAGCUCAUACACAGGAGCUGCCGUUUACUGGACAGUGCUGCAGGACAGUCAGGGGCAAGGGAAUCCGCCGUCACAGCUGUGUUAUGGACUUGACUGACAUUUCCAUUCUCUUUUUACCAAUUGGGAGCACCUGAUAUUUCAUAUUUAAACUACUGGUAUUAUUUUUCCUAAUUUUUCUAAUGUGUAGCUUGUACUCCCAGAUCAAAUUAUGUACAGUUGUAAUUCUAGUGUCGUAAGCAAAUGUAAGAACACUUUGGAAAGCCAGCCAUGGUAGUGCUCACCUUUAAUCCCAGCACUCAGGAGGCAGAUGCCGGUAGAUCUCUCUGAGUUCACGGCCAGCCUGGUCUACAUAUAGUGAGUUCUAAACCUGUUAGAGCUGCACAGUGAGACCUUAUCUUAAUAAAAGAAAGAAGAAAAACUUUGGAAAGACCACUUUUCCAUUUGGGGAAGUCAUGGACUUACUUAUAUUUUAAAAAUUCAGAAUAGCUGCCCUGUGGCCUAAACCAUAAAUUACAAAAACAAAACAAGCAAACAAACAAAAGACAACAAUAUGCAGAUAUUCCACUGAUAUAAAUUGUUUGAUACAGUGGUGUAGGUAAAUUCUGCAUUAACCUUUUAAGAUAAAAUCAUUUACAAUUCACAGACGGUAUUUUAGCUGGUGCUUUUUUCCCCCUGCAAACUUGAAUUUUUCUUGAUGAAGCCAAAGUUAAUGAGGAAGAAUGCUCAAAUUGAGUAGUAUGCAUUGUUUUAUUUAAUACCAAGUUGAUUAAAAUUAAGUUUUAUUCAUGUCAGAGUCUAAACCACAUAUUUUGAAUACCUGCAUGUUUGAUACUAUUUUUAAAUCAUGCCAGUGCCAAGAGUUAAAAAAUUCUUGCAACUGACCCCUAUGACCUGCACAAGUCCAAAGUGGGUAGUGCAGGACCAAACUCUGCUAUCUGAGAUACUUAAGUUGGGAAAUCCUGAUGUUUUGUUGAAGUAGUAAGAGGACUGAGUGGUUAAUCUGGAGUCCUUUAACUCCAGCUGUAAAUUCAGCAGCGGUGGGGCAGCUGCCUACUGGCCUGGGCCUUGCAUUCAGUCCUUACCGCUGCAAAAGAACAAAGUUCGACAUGCAGUCUGUAUCUAGAGAGCCUUAAGGGGAGUACUUUGAAAGUGAAGUGUUGACUGUGCUUUAACCCAUGUGUAGAGCUGUGGUAAUGUGACCUUAAUCAAGAAACACCAGAUUGGAUUAACUAAUCAGUAGUGUAGAUAAUUUCUGUUUUUCAUAUUUAAAACAAAAGCUCUCCCUUCAAUCCUAGUUAGUUUAUAAUGAGCUAAAGAAACAAAUCUGGUUUGUAUUUUUUUCCAAAGUGUUAAACAUAAUAAGUUUUGUUGUAGUCUUUCAUGAAUGAAAUUUGAGGGUAUUUUUUAUUUCUAUAAUGGUCAGUCAUUUUAAGAAUUAACACAAAACAAUGUACUCCCUAAAUUUAUGUAAUUUAUUAUGGAUGUUUAAUAAUACCAAUACACAUUUUAAGAUUGCAGUCAUAGACAAAGUUGUAGUGGAAAGUGUGUGGAAAAUGCAGUUAUUUAAGAAAUACUCAGUUGUCUCUUGCAUAGUUUAAAGGUGGUAUGUUUACUGGAUUUUUAAUUUUUUUUUUAGAGGAUGACAGACAUUUGAAAUGUGAUUAUCUAAUUUUUACAACACUGGACUAAAUAGGAAUAACUUUUUUAAACAAUGACUGUUCUGUAUAAAUAAAAUAUUUGAAACUAAGGCAUUGUCUUCUGGCCAAUGCGAUGCACUGUGGCGGUGCAGUUCGCUCAGGACCCGACUCUGCAGGCCUUCUCAUAUGCCCGGUCUCCUCGAGUUAUGGACUGCCACUCCACAGGUCUUCCGUCUGUCUGCUUCUUCGAAAGCUGGGCUUCCCAAAGCACUGUUGAACACUGAAGGUUCUGUUGGUGUGGAUGUUAAUGAGUUGUAUUUUAAAUAUCAGAGAUUAUUAAAUAAAGAGAGUGGUUGCUUUUCUAUUAA